AUGUCGAAACCGCAAUUUGAUCGCGCCGACGCGAGCGCGCUCCUCGACGACCGAGGAUACCGCGGCGCCCUCAUCCGUGGCCAGAACCCAGCGCUCCUCUUCGAAAAGGGUGUGCGCGAGCGCAUCACCGAGUCGUACUAUUGGAAGGAACAAUGCUUCGGUCUGAACACUGCAACACUAUGCGAUCGCGCCGCAGAACUCAAGUUCAUCGGUGGCACUACGGGCAUCACAGGCAAACCGACGCCGUUCCUGUGCUUGGCCUUCAAGAUGCUCCAGCUGGUCCCGGAAAAGGAAAUCAUUCUCGAGUACCUCAACUUUCGCGACGAUGAGGACGACGAAGAUGACAAAGCCGAGGUCAAGAAAGAGAAUGGCGACGCGGCAGCCAACGACGACGACGACUCUGCCAAGAAGGAGCUUGACUUGAAUGCAGCGGGAAAGCUCGGCUGCUUCAAGUAUCUCCGCUGCCUCGCUGCUUUUUACAUUCGCCUUGCCUGGGAACCUGUCGAAAUCUAUAAGACACUAGAGCCUCUGCUCACAGACUAUCGCAAGAUCAAGCGCCGCCUCAAAGACACAUUUACCCUUACCCACGUCGACCAGUUCAUUGACGAUCUCCUCACAAAAGACCGCAUCUGUGCGACGAGCUUGUGGAAGUUGCCUUCGAGGGCAAUUCUCGAAGAUUUGGAUAUGCUGGACCCAAGAGAAAGUCCGUUGGGAGACGAGGUGGACGAGCUAGAUGAGGAUAUGGACAGGAGGAGUGUCGGGAGUGAAGCAAGUUAUAGGAGUCGAAGCUACGACAGUCGAAGCAGGAGCAGAAGUAGGGACCGCGACAGUCGGAGUCGGAGCCGCAGUCGAAGCAGAAGCUACGAUAGUCGGGAUCGAGGCAGGAGUCGUAGUCGCAGCCCGGGAGAGCAAAGCAUACAAAGUCGAUCAAGACUUGGCACACGAAGCCGGAGCUCCAGUCGUAACCAACGUCACAGCAACGAUGAAUGA